AUGUGGUCUGUGGAAGGAAGUUCCGGGACGGCCAGGGAGCUGCUCACGGGAGAGGCGAUGGGGGCGAAGGCGAGAAUGAAAAUCUCAGGAAGGGACUCGGCCUUGUCUUCUCUUGAUAAUCCCGAGGCUUCUGAGUGGGAUCCUGUUUGUGAGGUAGACAGUGUGGAGGCUGAACUGGAGAGCAACGCAACCAUCUUCUCCGUUACUAACCUUAAAGAUGCCUGCCUUUCUUCCGUCUUCCUGGAGGGGAUGACAGAGCCUGUUUGGCUUUUGAGCCUCGUGUGUUCAGGUCCUGAUGAGACUCUGGGAAGUCUCUGGGCCGAAGAAAGGGGAUCGACGCCCGGCAGCGUGGUGGUGGGCCCUGAGCGCUCCACCCUUGGAAUGGUUGUUGGUCAUUCUGCAUCAACAUUUCUUGUCACAGUUGGCAGGAUUGCAGAGAAACCUACCGGCAACCACCCGGUGUCUACUUUGAACCGGCGCUUGGUACCACACAGGCCCAUUGGGUCCUCUGGAUUCACGGCACUCUUCAAGUGCCCCUGGUGGCCUGUCUGUGAAUGGACGUUUGAGCAGAGGCCUGGAGGGAAGGAGGAAGGUAGAUCUAAGAGGGUGAAGGCAAAAACGGGGAGACCUGAAACAAUCCAGUCAGGAGAUCCCGAUGGCUCGGCCUAUGGUGGCAACAGUAGAGGCAGAGAGAAACAGGCAGAUUCUGGGCCUGUUUUGAGGUGGGCGGAAUGCUGGAGGAGAGUGAGAACCGCCAAGCAGGAAAGGAGAAAGAGAGGGGUACACCUCAGUGAAGUUUAUCCAGUUAUGGCCAGGCCCAAGGACGGGCAGGACGGGAAUCUUGACAACCACCUGGUGAAGCGCCUACAUCAGCACCUCAGCAGGGGUCGACGAGAGCAGAGGCACAAGGACCUGUUGGUAUGUUGUGUAAAAGCCCUGCACUCCGGAGAGCCACGUGUUGAUGAAACUGUAGUGGCCGUUGCUCCUUCACUCUGUCGUCAGGCAUCGAGUCCUGGCCCAGAAAAGCUAGUGAAGCUAUUCUGGGGAGUUCGACUUCUCUUCGGAAUACAUAUUUGGCUAACAUGGCUUCUUAUAACACGGUUUUCUGGUGUUAACUUCUUAGGCUUGUCCAUUUUACUCUUUGACUCUCUGACAGUGCCGCUGCCCGCCCGCGUUACCAUUGAGGCCUACAACCUGAACACCAUCCUGCUCUGGGACUAUCCGCCCAUGCCACAGACGGCUGUCUUCACCGCGCAGGUGAAGACCUACGGGAAUGCAGUGUGGAUUGAUGCCUGCAAUACCUCUUAUCAUUAUUGUAAUAUUUCAUCCCAAAUUACUGAUCCAUCAAGUUCUCUCUGGGCCAGAGUUAAAGCGAGGCUUGGACAAGAAGAAUCGGCCUAUACAUACUCAAAAGAAUUUAUCUUAUGCCGACAAGGGAAAGUUGGACCUCCUAAACUGGAUAUCAGAAAGAAGGAAGACCAAAUCAUGAUUGACAUAUUUCACCCUUUAAUUGGCGUAAAAGGAUUUGAGCCAGAAGCCAUGUAUGAUGAAGAAAGUACUUGUUACAUGUUCACAUACAAGGUGUAUGUGAGAAUAAAUGGAAGCAGUGAGACCGCAGAGCGGAUGUACGAGUGCAGGGAAGAUGACUGCAACGAGACGCAGUGCCUCCUGCGUGUCCCCGUGUCGGCCCUGAGCUCUCAGUACUGUGCCUCCGCAGAGGGCAUCUCCGAAGAGUGGGCUGUCACCACCGAGAAGUCCAGAGAACUUUGUGUGACCGUCGUCGACGAGAACAGCCUAGAAGGUUCUGUUUGGAUUCCAGUUGUUGCUGCUUUCCUGCUCUUUCUAGUCAUUGUCCUGGUGUUUGUGUAUUGUCACGUUAAGAAGACAAAUCCGUGUAAGAGAAAAAAUGUCACGUUACCCAAGUCCUUGCUGUCUGUGGUAAAAAGCGCCUCUUCGGAGGCAAAAUCUGAAUCAAAACAUAUCUCACCCAUCACCUACCAGCCAAUCGUCCUGGAAGACGAGAAGGCAGUCUGGGAGGAGCAGGUGUCCCCAGCAACAGUUUCUGGGCUGCCUGCUGAAGAGAAUCCAGGAAAAGAAGAACCCGGAGAAGAGCUCUCCAGUGAGACGGGAGUGGUGGCCACUGAAGGAACUCCUGACAUGGCCCCGGGGAGCCCUCUGACCCCAGUAAGGACAGAGGGUUCUGUCCGCUUAAGUAGUAACCAGUCUGAACUCUGCAGCGGUGCUUUAAACUCCUAUCAUUCCAGAAAUGGCUCUGAUAGUGGCGUUGUGGAAUCAGACAGCUUCUUAUCUGACUCCGAAUUUCCCCCAAACGAUAAAAGUGAAGUAAAGACAGAAGGACAAGAGUCCCUAACGCUGAGAAACACUACUACCUCCUUCGGUUACGAUAAACCACACGUGUUGGUGGAUGUGCUUGUGGAUGAAGGUGCUAAAGAGUCCCUGAUUGGUUACAGAGUGACAGCAGAUUCCCACCGGUUGUCGUAA